GAGGGCGGGUGGUCGUCGGGGCUGAGGGGAGGCCGGCUCCUCCGUCUGCUGAUCCCGGGCAAGGGCCUCGUCUGACACAAUGAGGCGAGUGGUUCGUCAGAGCAAGUUCCGGCAUGUGUUUGGGCAGGCGGUGAAAAACGACCAGUGCUACGACGACAUCCGGGUCUCCCGCGUCACCUGGGACAGCUCCUUUUGCGCCGUGAACCCCAGAUUCGUGGCCAUAAUCAUUGAAGCCAGCGGCGGGGGAGCCUUCUUGGUCCUGCCUUUGCACAAGACUGGUCGGAUCGACAAAUCCUACCCAACGGUAUGCGGCCACACAGGUCCGGUGCUCGACAUAGACUGGUGUCCGCACAACGACCAAGUCAUUGCCAGUGGCUCCGAGGACUGUGCGGUCAUGGUAUGGCAGAUUCCCGAGAAUGGACUCACUCUUUCUCUGACGGAACCUGUGGUGGUUUUGGAAGGCCAUUCCAAGAGGGUCGGCAUCGUCGCCUGGCACCCCACGGCCCGCAACGUGCUGCUUAGUGCAGGCUGUGACAAUGCCGUGAUCAUCUGGAAUGUGGGGACGGGGGAAGCCCUCAUCAACCUGGACGACAUGCACUCCGACAUGAUUUACAACGUCAGCUGGAGCCGCAACGGCAGCCUCAUCUGUACCGCGUCCAAAGACAAGAAAGUGAGAGUCAUCGACCCCCGCAAGCAAGAGAUCGUGGCUGAGAAGGAAAAGGCCCACGAAGGAGCCCGGCCCAUGAGGGCCAUCUUCCUAGCAGAUGGAAAUGUCUUCACCACUGGUUUUAGCCGCAUGAGUGAACGGCAGCUUGCCCUCUGGAAUCCGAAGAACAUGGAGGAGCCGAUCGCCCUUCACGAAAUGGACACGAGCAACGGGGUGCUAUUGCCGUUUUACGAUCCCGACACCAGCAUCAUUUACUUGUGCGGAAAGGGGGACAGCAGCAUCCGCUACUUUGAGAUCACGGACGAAUCCCCAUACGUUCACUACCUCAACACCUUCAGCAGCAAAGAGCCCCAGAGAGGGAUGGGCUAUAUGUGCAAGAGGGGUCUUGAUGUCAAUAAGUGUGAGAUCGCCAGAUUCUUCAAACUUCACGAGAGAAAAUGUGAGCCCAUCAUAAUGACUGUCCCCAGGAAGUCGGACCUUUUCCAAGACGACCUGUAUCCAGAUACGGCGGGUCCCGAAGCCGCUCUGGAAGCCGAAGAGUGGUUUGAGGGGAAGGACGCCGAUCCGAUCCUCAUUUCCUUGAAGCAUGGAUACAUUCCGGGGAAAAACCGGGAUCUCAAGGUGGUGAAGAAGAACAUACUGGACAACAAACCUGCAGCCAACAAGAAGUGUGACCUGCUCAACGCCCCGAAGAAAGCCGCGGAUACUUCCAACAUUCAAAAUGAAGCCAAGCUGGACGAGAUUUUAAAAGAGAUUAAAUCUAUAAAAGAGACAAUCUGCAAUCAAGAUGAGCGUAUUUCCAAGUUAGAACAGCAGGUGGCGAAAAUAGCAGUCUGAAGGCACAGGCACACACACACACAAACACACAAACACACACAGACACACACACACACACACACACAAAAUGGGAGCAAGAACUUGUGCUUUGAUGGCUGGUUGUUCGUCUGAGGGAGGGCCAAAGGAAGGCACUGCCAUGGAGGUACAUUCAGUUUCAGAUCGGUCAACCAGAAAAAUGCCACAUUCCAAUACGAACUCUUGAUUAUUCUCCCAAAUUAACAUAAACGAAACGCGAUGAUUUGAAAAGCCGGGCUUUUUAUCCGAAAGCUCUUCUGUUUUAAGUGUUAUGUGACUGUAUGUUGAACUUUUAAAAGAGAAAAGAGUGCGACUUUUACAUUUUACUCCCAAAUGUUAUGAAUUUUUGAAAACCAACCGUUGGGGAUUGCAGUAUUGUGCCCAAGAAUUGUUGUUGUUUUUGGUUUUUGUUUUUUUUUAAAAAAAAACAAAUAGGGACCAAUGCCACAUUGCUGUGUAUGUCGAUUUUUUUUUCAAGUUGCCAAGAAACCAAAAGUAGCCUCUUUCUUUGUGUCUCGCUACUUUGCAGUAUUUGCGUGGGGUGGUUUGGUUGUUUUUCCUCUUCGAUUUGAAAGAGACAGCCCCGUGUAGGUUUCUAAAGUAAAUGAAGAGACGAUGCUAUUUGGUAUAACGCAUUCAUCUCUAAACAAUCAGAGCAGUUGCUACACAGGGCUGCCUCUCCCGUGGAUUAAAACCAGUCAUUUGAACAAGCUGUCCAACAGAAAACCGGUAACACCAAACCUGAGGCCCUUCUAAUCACUCCCUUUCCCCGUCCCCCCACAUCCUUUCACUGCAUCUUUCCCUUUCUUUCCUUCGGGCUAGAAGCCCGGGCUUGGGGGUGGGGGUUUGUCCCAGGCAUGGUCGGCCCUUAUCAGUCAUCUUUGCUUUAAACGCUGAUCAUCUAGUCAAAGCGUGGCACAAUGAUGUAGGCAGUUUUGGCCCGCUCAGAAAGUCCAUCCUCUUUCUCCUUUAACGUCAGGUUUCAGGCUUCGGUCAAGUAACCCGACAGGCUCCGCCCCACAACAGCGAGAUGCGAUACUUGUCUGGAACAAGUUUUGUUGUUUUGGAUGUUAACUGCCGUCGUGCCUGGCUCUGAAUUCUGCGGGCAUAUACGUUAGGGUGCUGAAACUUGAAGGGGGAGUCUUAUCUAAGCACAUCAAUCUUUUCGUUUUUACUUCCUGCCAUCGUGUUUGCCGAAUUACUGGUCUCGCCCUGAUCGCUGGGCAAGGAAAGACUGACUAAUAUCUCCCUGGUGGUAAAUUUCCCUUCCUUCUCUGCCAGCUCCCAGAUAAGCAUUGAUCUUUCUCAGGGCCCCACUCUCCCACUGCCUUCUCCUCUUCUUUCCCGCCCUCUCCCCUACAUCAGGCCAUGGGCAGAAUGGCUUCUCACCGAGCCAAGACCUGGGCCCAGAGAGCACUGGCCCUAUCAAGGCAGAGCGUUGGGGCCAAGAGAGACACCAGGUUUCUAAUGGAACAAGGCCAGCAGGAGUCAAGUCGGUCCUUAGGCCCGAGAGAGUCUCCUUCCAGUUUUAUCUCCCAACAUCCCAGCCCAUCUGCGCACGAUGCUAGCACGCUUGAUUUUUUUUUUGGUGUUUUUUUUCUUUUGUUUUGUUUUCCCAGCUCUUGCUCCAGGGGCAGACUUCAGGGUGAGCCAAAGGCCGAGCUGUGAAAACAUGAAAAUCAGUUCCCUUUUUAGGUUAGCUAGAAUGGCUCGGAGUUUUCCACCUGUCCCCACGCCACAUGCACAAAACGGAACCUCGUGAUUUUCCAUCCAGGAAAGUUUGGAGCGGAAGAUCAGGGGCGGGACAUGGAGCUCCUCUGGGACCAGCGGGCGCUGUUUUGGGGAAAAGGCAAGUCGAAAGAGAGGUCAUGGUUAGCGGGUAGGUCAGAAACCAGGAACAGGCUGAACGCGAAGAAGGUGGGGGCGUCCGGGUGGGUAAAGAUGUUGGCAUCACUGCCUCCGCGAUUUCAGGGUGUCUGAAUGUUUGAUGUAGUGGUUUUGGGGGGGUUCUGUUUUUGUAUUGAAGUGGCUAACGAACUGUGUCAAGGAAAACAAUGACUAGAAUGAUUUUUAGGGAAAUCUGCCUAAAUUGCUUCAUGCACCCAAUCUGCCGCCGACCAUCAUUUUUAAUACCCCGGAAAUAAUCGGGGAUUCCGCUGUCAGAUUAACCAUCUAAACAAAAUCGGUGGAGGUGAAAUACUGUAGGGGUUAUGGUUCAAGGGACAAGGUUAUCUGUAUUCAGUGGGUUGCCUUGUGUUUUAUUUAAAUGAACCAAUGCCUAACCAGGCUCAAACAGAGUCAGUGCCUGAAGCUUUGUGUCUUCUUCUUUUUUGGUCGGUGUUUUUUUUAAAUAAUUUUUUGUUUCUGAAAGCCGUGAUAUCCCAGAGGAGAACCAGUGAAUUAUUCCAAGAUCGGCUCUUAUAGAGCGGCCAUAGUAUUCUGUCAAAAUAUCUGCUUCCAUUUUCAAAGAUAAAGUCAUUGAUUACAAAGUCA